AAUGGACGGUCAUUGUUGAUAUAGGAGUCCCAAGUUGUCUAGAGGACGGAUGGUUGAUGGGGUUUUAAGGAGGUUUUAAGCAGAAAAAGAGUCCACCAAAAGCUCCGCCCCUAAAAUUAUUGUGUUCAUUCCCAUUCAAGGAAUUCUGUUCUCCGAUGAACCCGAGCGAAUCUUUGAGUGCCGGAAUGUCGUCAUCGGAAUCUAAAACCCUAGACUCCAAAUCGGAAGCUUCAGAAAAUCUAACGGCAACCGAACCCUCGAAUCCUUCAAUUGAAGAAGAAAACCUAGGAGAACAGACCCAAGAAGAAGAAGAGGGAGAGGGAGAGUGCGGGUUUUGCUUGUUUAUGAAAGGAGGUGGGUGCAAGGAGAGCUUCAUUGAUUGGGAGAAGUGCAUUGAAGAAGGGGAGAACAACAAGGAAGAUAUUGUGGAGAAGUGUUUCGAGGUGACCGCCGCUCUGAAGAAGUGCAUGGAAGCGCAUUCCGAUUACUACGAGCCGGUGCUUAGAGCGGAGAAGGCAGCGGAAGAGGAAUUGGAGCGCGAAGUGGCGUCGAGGGAUUCAGAGCAAAAUAAGGAAGAUGCUAAUCCGGAGGAAGCAGUUUCAAAGGAAAAAUAAGAUUAUUUGAUUCAGAGUUUCAAAAAAUUCAUUGUCUUAGGUGGCUAGGUGAUUACUCACAGAGAUGAUCCGCAGUGGAAGAAAUUUCCGGUUUUUUGUUGUACCUUAUGGUGAUAGCCUGGGGAUUCCUGGAGGUUGAAAUUAGAACAUGAGAAUUUCGGAAUUGAGAUACCUGAGAGAUGCACAUACCUCUCAUCUACUCUGUUGGAGGCAUUGUGAGGGAUGCACCAAAAACACUAGUUUGCCAUUGAUUGAUAUUGUGGAGAAGUCUCUUGGAGGAGAUAACAUGAUCUUGCUGCAAAGUUAUCGUGUUGAUAACUACGACAUGCUGGUUAGUUUUCUUCUGAUGUGAGUGAUUUUGGUUAUUCUGAACAGAAUGAACAAUGUGCUUGGAAACUCUUUAGAGCUUGUUUGUCAGCUAAUAUUGUCACGUCCCUGUAUAAGUUAUCAUGUCAAAUCCUAUUUCUUGGCCAAGUUUGUAAGGAAUUUUAUUGAAAAUCUAUUAGUGUUCCUAAACUCUGGAUUCAGUGAUUAAUGGUAUUAUUCUUAUUUGAAAA